AUGGUACAGGAUACCGUCAACAGCGGAACAGUGCUAUUUCAGAUGACUGGAAUGCACGUCCAAUCGAUGACAGUCCAGCAAGUGACUGCAAGUGGUCCAGCACCAGACAGUCAGUUGAUAGCAUUUCUUCUCCGAAGCUCCUCUUCCAUCAGCACGCUGCCAUGGAACGAAGCCUGGAGCAGGGGAGGAUAUAGAGGACUAUCGACUGGACGUCCUAAUCCCAGUGCCCAAGAAAUUGGGCAUCACGGAUAUCGACGACACGGAAGCUCCGCUUAUCCAUCAGGCUGCAGACGCGCACCUGACUGCUCUCCUGGUACAGUGACGGUCCCAGAUCCCGACGCCGAUGAACCGACCCAUGCUGCAUAUCCUACUUCACCCCUCCUACAAGCGAUUCCCGGUCUGCAACCCGGUGCGACUCGAAUCAGCCGACGGCUGCCAGAGCAGCGGGGGAUUUAUUUCUUCCCAGAUCGAGCCAUCUUUGAGCACUUCUACAAAUAUGACGACGAAGGCAGCGGAAUCGACCCAGGAAAACCUAUAUCCGUGUAUAGCCUCGCGUCUUUCUCCCGCGAUGAUCUGAGCAUUUCUUCAUAUCCUGCCAGCACCUUGUCGCUGAGAAGAAUCCUCGACGCUCAGAGGCUGCCCUUAUUCCCAUUCGCAUGUUUACGAGAGACAUUAGCCACAGCCCCAAACGAUACUACGAAUGCCUGGAAGGCAUUGUAUCGUUGCUUCCGGCCAUUAGCGAAUCCCCGUAGGAGAAAACGUUGUCAUGUAUUCUCCUUUGUCGAAGCAAAACGUCUUGCUUCUUCGACCACCCAGAAGGAACGGAUACGUUAUGGGCAUGGAGACUUUGCAUUCUCCGAAACCAAAUUGAUUAACAGUUCAUUUCCUCUCAAUGGAACAGGAUAUGUUUCGUCUUAUGCACGAGCCAAAGCGACCCAGCCGGGGAUACAUGCCAUAACUAGAGGAAUUGGGUAUUCUCCGAGACAUUGGCCGGGAGCAUCGGACUGUCCCCGGCUCUAUCGACAAUAUAUGGUUUCUGUAUUCCGCAACCUCCAAAACAUUGCUUUGGCCCGUUACGCGAAGACUCAAUAUCUACGAAACUUGUCGACUGCAGUUGCAUCCAGGGUGGUCCUAUAUCAACGCCCUUCUCAUUGUCUGGCUGUGGCUGACUCCAUGAACAAUUCCGACGUUUCUGGCUUUCAGUAUCUCACCGAAGACGAAAUGUUCGAUUACCAGGACUAUCUCGGAGGCGAACUAUUGUCGAAGAUUUCGAGCUGUUCCCAUCUACGGUUUGAGAACUGCAUGCUCAAGAAAGCCGCAUAA